AUGCCGUCUCGACCAGACGUACCGGACACACUUUUGCCUCGACUCCUGUGCGGCCUCGUCUCUAAUGUCCAGACCGUGGUUGUCCGGCCAUACACAUGCGUCGUUUCGCUGUUUAUGGCCGAGUGUCAGCUGACUGUGGGUAAACAAAGACAGUCUAUAUGUGAAUCCGGUCUGCGCACAACUGCACCUUACGGGCCCAUCUAUCUUUCUCUCUUGCUCUCUCCGUCUGUAUCUCUCUCUCUUCGCCUUUGUCUUGACUCCCUCAUUCAGUCAUUUGCUCACUCAACCGCCAAGUAUCGUGUCUUACUCCAG